AUGAGAUGGCAUGGUAGAAACAUGGUGGUGGAACUCCAUGAUGAAAAUGAUGUUGAAGAAUUACGGAAGGAUGAAAAAGUAAGGGAAGCAGGCUUUAUGGUAGAUGGAGAACCCAAGUUAAGGAAACCGAGAAUACUGAUCAGGGGAGUGGACAAAGAAAUUAGUAGGGAGGAACUUCUUGAUGCAGUGGCGAGUAGGAAUCCUGAGUUAUUCUUUGGAAUAACUAAAGAAAGAUGGCGAGAAGCUUUUGUGCCGGAAAUAGAACUUGGAAAGCGAAAUAUAAAUACCAGGUCUUGGGUGGACAUCAUCAAAGGAGAUGUGGGAGAGUGGUUACUUGCUCGCACUGUGGAGAGGAAGGACAUAGAAGUGAAAAGUGUGAAAAAGAGAUGGGAUGUGCAAAUUGUAAGAGAUACAAACAAAAGGAUGUUAAACAUUCGACUUUUUGGAGUGGAUGCCCAAUAA